GGAGGGUGGUGUUAAAUAUUUCAUAUGUGGGUUUCCUUUUUUUUCCCACCUUCUUUUUUCUUUAUUCUUUCCUUUUUGUUUUUGUUUGUUUGCUCUUGCAGUAGUGUUGGAGAGGAAAAUACCUCUGUAUUUUGUGAGGCUGUGGUGCUUCCUUUGGAAAAAGCACACCUGUUUUGUUUUUGUUAAAAGUUUCUAGUGUGUGGUUCGAGUUCUUUCGUUUGCUAUUGCUUCAUCUCAAACUCAACAAGCUCCGCGCAGCUUCUACCUUUCAGACUUUCCUUUUGGUGAUAAACUGGAAGGUUUUGGUGUGGUAAAGUGAUCACUGAGGUUUAGGGCAAAUAAAAGGUUUUGGUGGUUUCUGUGGUUAAGAUGUGUUUUUGAUUCGAAAAUGGCUGUGGUGGAAGUCAAAGAAUGUGUUGAAGGUCUAAGAUUUCUUCCUUUUCUUUGGCUUGGGUUUGUGUUUCUUGGGCUUCACCCUAGUAGAGGUGGAGACUAAUGGAAGGUUCAUCUGAAUCUGGCUGGCAGAGGUCAGAUAGCUCUAGGGGUUUAAAUUCUUCUUCGGUUUUGGAGGGGAAUCUUCGACUUGUUCGUGCCAACACUAUCAGGUCCUCAGGAGAUACGUCGUCUGAGUUUGGGUUUAGACCAGGAAGAAAAGUGAGGGAGAGAAUUGUGCUACCUCAUAUAACUAACCAGUUUAAAACCUAUACUGGGGGCUUCGAGGAGGGAGUAGCUCUGGACCCAGUUGUUCGUGCCAUAGAAUGUAAUGAUAUCAGUCUGAGACAGUGGUUGGACAACCCAGAAAGAACUGUUGAUGCUCUUGAAUGCUUACACAUAUUUACUCAAAUUGUAGAUAUAGUUAACCUGGCUCAUUCUCAGGGAAUAAUCCUCCAUAAUGUGCGGCCCUCAUGCUUUGUCAUGUCCUCACUUAACCGUGUGUCUUUCAUUGAAUCUGCUUCUUGCUCGGAUUCGGGUUCAGAUUCGUUUGAGGAAGGAACAAACAGCCAGACGGCUGAGUUUAAAGGUGCGUCUUCGCCUUUGCCUUCAGACUUGCCCCAACGAGGAAGUCAGCUAGCUACUGAAACCUUGCAACUUGAGAUGAAUCCCCUAAAUGCAUCUCGAAUAGUAUCUGAAACAAGUUGCAUUAGGUCAAGCGCCAGACAGGCUGAGGUUGCACCAAAUGAUGACCAGACGGAAGAAAGGAAGCAUUCCUUCCCAAUGAAACAUAUAUUGUUGAUGGAAACCAAUUGGUACAAUUGUCCAGAAGAAGUUUCUGGUGGCCCCAGUUCCAGUGCUUCAGACAUUUAUCGACUGGGGGUUCUUCUCUUUGAGUUGUUCUGCACAUUUAGCUCGGUGGAAGAGAAAAGUGCAACUAUGUCUAGUCUGAGACAUCGUGUUCUCCCUCCUCAGUUGCUUUUGAAGUGGCCUAAAGAAGCAUCAUUUUGCCUAUGGUUGUUGCAUCCUGAGCCAAGUAGUCGGCCAAAAAUGGGGGAGUUGUUGCAAAGCGAAUUUCUAAAUGAACCAAGAGACAACAUUGAGGAACGUGAGGCAGCAAUAGAACUUCGAGAAAAAAUAGAUGAACAAGAGCUGUUGCUGGAAUUUUUGUUACUAUUAAAGCAAAGGAAACAGGAUGCAGCAGAUCACUUGCAUGAAAUGGUGUCCUUUUUGACUUCUGAUAUCGAAGAAGUCACAAAAUUGCAAACUGCCCUUAGGAUAAAAGGAGGCACAAGCAUAGACCUGGUGAAGGAUUCAGCUUCAGGGCCCCCUUCAUCCAAUACAGUAGAUGAGGGUGAUUCUGGUAGCUCAGGGUCGAGAAAACGAUGCAGGCCUGGGCUUUAUACCCAUAAUGCGGAGGAACUUGAUGAUCCUGUUCCAGAAAACCAAGCAACUAUUCUUUCUAAGAGUUCCCGACUCAUGAAAAACUUUAGAAAAUUGGAGUCAGCUUACUUUUUAACUAGGCGGCGGGCUCUCAAACCAUCUGGAAAAGUAUAUGCCAGAAGUUCUCCAAUUAGUAGUGAUGCAAGAGGAUCAGUUGUAGCGACAGAAAGAAGUUCUCUCAGUAAGUUGUCAUCAAAAGAACAAUAUAAUGAGGAUAGACAAAGUGGAUGGAUAAAUUCAUUUCUUGAGGGUCUGUGCAAGUAUUUGUCAUUUAGCAAGUUAAAGGUGAAGGCAGACUUGAAGCAGGGAGAUCUUUUAAAUUCUUCCAACCUUGUAUGCUCCCUGAGUUUUGAUCGUGAUGGAGAGUUUUUUGCAACUGCUGGUGUGAAUAAGAAGAUCAAAGUCUUUGAAUAUAAUUCGAUUCUAAACAAAGACCGUGAUAUCCAUUAUCCUGUUGUUGAAAUGGCUAGCAGAUCAAAGCUAAGCAGUAUAUGUUGGAAUGGAUAUAUUAAGAGCCAGAUUGCUUCCAGUAACUUUGAAGGUGUGGUUCAGGUAUGGGACGUUACAAGAAGUCAAAUCUUUAUGGAAAUGAGCGAGCAUGAGAGCCGUGUCUGGUCCGUUGACUACUCAGUAGCUGAUCCAACAUUGCUGGCUAGCGGGAGUGAUGAUGGUUCUGUUAAGCUCUGGAAUAUCAAUCAGGGAGUAAGCAUCGGUACCAUUAAGACAAAGGCAAAUGUCUGUUGUGUUCAGUUUCCAUUUGAAUCCAGUCGUCGCCUUGCAUUUGGAUCAGCAGACCAUAAGAUAUACUAUUAUGAUCUACGCAAUUCUAAGAUGCCUCUCUGCACGUUGAUUGGACACAACAAGACUGUGAGCUAUGUUAAGUUCGUAGAUUCGACAACACUUGUGUCUGCAUCUACAGAUAACACAUUGAAGCUCUGGGACUUGUCAAUGUGCACAGCUCGGGUUCUUGAUUGUCCCCUUCAGUCAUUCACCGGGCACUUGAAUGUGAAGAACUUUGUUGGCCUAUCUGUAUCUGAUGGUUACAUUGCAACGGGAUCAGAGACAAAUGAGGGUGGGUUCACAUUUACUUUGUUCCUGAAAAGUCAGUUUGAGUUCACAUCUGUUGCCAGCACUUCCCCCUUCACAGCUCUAUGUGAUGAUUACGAAAGGUCGAAUUACUGCGGUGGAGUCACCCUCGUUUGUUACAUCCCAUGUUUGUUCUGUCAUAUUCCUCCAGUCCCUCACAAAAUCUUUUAAGCCAAUUUACUGGUUUUUGUAUACCACAAAGCUCUUCCCAUGCCUGCGUUGUCAUAUAAAUUUAACAUCACAGAUCCGCUUUCGGGUGAUGAAGUGGACGACAGUGCACAGUUUAUCUCCUCUGUGUGUUGGCGUGGUCAGUCAUCCUCCACCUUAGUUGCUGCUAACUCCACGGGAAAUAUCAAGUUGUUGGAGAUGGUUUGAGCUAAGUCUUAAAGAAUGAAUUCCAAAAAAAAAAAAAGAGAGAGAAAAUGGAAUACAGCAUCAGCGGAAACACAGAUUAAAAGAGUGGCUUAUACCCAAGGAGCAUUUUAUCGAGGCCUGCUCCACUGAAGGUUGAAGUCACUAGGAACAUCAACAGCAGCCUGCAAAACAAAUUUUUGCCUUUUAGUAGAAUAGCGGAUGGUUAACUGGAGCACUGAGAUUCGUCAUUGUUCAAGUGUACUGUAGAUAAGAAAUAGAAAGAGGAGCCCGAAAGGAAAGAUAAAACGCUGAUUUUUCUAUGUAUAUUCUUGUAAUUUUUAGAAUUGCAAUCAUUGAUAUAGAAUAUACUACUAUAUAUGUAUUAUGAUAUUGACUCAAUGGAUGGCAAUAGCGACUCAGAGCAACAAUUUCACUCUAUAAACCUAAAAUACCUUUACACAGCCA